AUGGCAGGCGACGGUCAGAUCGAUUUCAAACUUUAUAGAUACACCCCAUCGACGGCUGCAGCAGCGCUUUUUGUCGCUUUGUUUCUUCUUACAACGAUAUACCAUGUCUAUCAACUCAGCCGGGCGCGGGCUUGGUAUUUCAUAGCAUUUGUCGUUGGGGGUUUCUUCCAGAUCAUUGGCUACAUCUGCCGGACCUUGGCCCAUAAUCAUAAGGAAUCGGUCCCGAUCUAUAGUGUGCAAACGAUCUUGAUUCUCCUUGCUCCACCGCUUUACGCCGCCUCUAUCUAUAUGGUGCUAGGUCGACUGGUCACUUAUCUACGGGCAGAAAGGCUCAGCUUGGUUUCAGUGAGGUGGAUGACCAAGAUCUUCGUUACAGGCGAUGUCAUUGCCUUUGUUAUGCAAGCUGCAGGUGGCGGUAUCAUGGCGAGCGGUACGAUCAGCAGCUACAACCUCGGCGAGCAUAUUACUGUCGGAGGCCUAUGUGUUCAAUUGGUCUUCUUCAGCUUCUUCAUAGCCACCUGUGCGUUAUUUCAUUCCCGAAUUCGCAAAUAUCCUACGCAUGAGGUAACAGCACUUGCGGCUCGGCUUUCUGAAAGGACUUCACGAACGUGGGAAACUGUGCUCGUGGGCCUGUACGCCGCGAGUGUCCUGAUUCUGGUGAGGUCGAUCUUUCGCUUGAUUGAAUAUGCGCAGGGGAACAAUGGGUACCUCAUCAGCCAUGAAGCCUUCAUGUAUAUUUUCGAUUCUGCUUUGAUGUUUCUGACCAUGGUUGCCAUGAAUUUUUGUCAUCCGUCAAUGAUCUUGGUUGGGUCGGAGAAAGAGCGUGAAGCCGAGAUGAGUUCCCCGACCUCUGAGACAGAAUUGACUUGA